AUGUCAAUGUGCGAACCGCACAGGAUAAGAAUUCACCCUCAUCAUCAUCAUCUCCAAGGCCACCCGCCGUUUCCUAGCAACGGCUUGCCCCGCCCCCCUGAGGCGCCCCCGCCGAGCCCACUUUCGCCCUCGAGAAGGAGAUCGAGAGUGGCGAGCGAAGCCGGGAGGGGCUCCUCGGGAGUUCUCCGAAGGGCCAAGGCCAGCAGGUGAAGAGAAGGGCGGGGCUUGAGCAGCUCGCUCGCGCUCUCUCUCGCGGCGGACAGGUGCGCCGCGGCGCAUGCGCCGCGAGAGUGCUUUCCCGCUGACAGCAGGCCGAGGCCGCUGUCCUCGUGGAACAACGGAAGAAGCGGCGUCUCGCCUUCCCCCGCCCCCGCGCCCCCCACGCCCUCCUCUCAGGUACGGGAGGCUCCGCGCGCGCAUUGUAAGAGGCAGUUCGGCACGAGAGGGGCGGGCGCUGGCGGCGGUUGCCAUGGCAACCCGCGCGAGGAGCGGGGUGGGAGGCUGGGGAAGUUCCCCAGGCCCCACUUGCUAGGGGGAGGAGUGGGCGGGGUGUCUGCCUGGGUUGGCGCGGGGCAGCUUACGCCCCACUGAACCGAGGCGGGAGGAAAUGAGUGGCUGCGGGGGGCCAAGAGGAGCGUUACCCACAGGGACUGACAGGGGCUUGUUUUUAAGUAGUCGCCCGUGUGGGUGGCAGGUGAGGGGAUGGAGGGCCGCCACCUCAGGAACUGUUCCGACGUUCUCGGUGUGGAAAAGCGAGGGAGGGAUCCAGGGCCUUGCUGACAGGCAGCCAUGCUUUUGCAGGCAAACAUGUACCGAUUCCAUCGCUUUUAAUGGACAGUCGAGUAACAACCAGCGGCGUAGCGUGGGUUGUCAGCACCCGGGGCAAGGCAAGUAAUUUGCGCCCCCUAACCCGGGGCAAGGCAAGUAAUUUGCACCCCCUAACCCGGGGCAAGGCAAGUAAUUUGCACCCCCUAACCUGCCGCCGCUGCCAGCUGCUUCUUGCUGCUGCCUGGGCUGGUCUGGUGUGGUUCUCUCCCGUGCUCAGCGCUGCGCUGGGCGGCCGCUGCACUGUCCCUCCCCCCAGAUAGUCCCUCGCUCUCUCUCCGCACCGCACGCCUGGCACCCACCCCCUCCACAGUGGGCGGCGACCCAGCGGCUCGGAUCGGAUUCGCACAGCCAGCACUGCAGUGAGAGAGAGUGAGUGAGCCAGGUAGGGGCAGAGAGCUGCGAGUGCGAGCGCGCCCCCCCCAGAUGUUGCGCCCGGUGCGGCCGGCCCCCCCUGCACCCCCCACGCUACGCCACUGGUAACAACAACAGGUCGCUGAAAACCAAUGGUCAGCAGCAGAGCAUGUUUUUGCCUGUUUAUUUUACACAGCCGCUUCAGUUCGCAGAGCGGUCGUGCCAAGUGAAAUGACACACAGUGCAUCAUGCUUCUACAAAACACCUUCGCUUUUCUCUUUAAAGGCUAGUUAAAAAUCCUGGAUUUCAUUCUGCUCUGUUGCACGGCAGUGCUGUUGGUCUUUGACAUUUUCCCAUAGACCUGAAGUAUAAAGCGAAAACGAUGCCACCCCACCUGGACUCAUUCUGAAAUAACACAGAGACUAGUAGCAAUCUGGUAGCAACCCAAAGCAAAUGUUUCCUGCUCCUUGAAAUACUACACCACACACACCCUUACAUAGAGACCUAUUUUAUGUGUCUGGCAUUCAGUCAGUUCCUUUUGCUAACUAUAAUAACUUGGUGCUGUUCACUGCCCAGUGAACCUGGGAAUCCUCACAAAAUUCACUGUAGUAGACUAUCAGUGAUUUUAUGAAGAUGAGCUUCAGCAAUGCCCUGCUAUAUACUUUGAGAACUCUUAUUUUAAGAGUCUUUCUGGUUGUUUUAUUUCAUAACGCAACAUAAAUGCACACAUUUCCUCACUUGUUGAACUUUAUUCAAGGAAACACAGCUAUUGUAAUGAUAUAGCAUUUUCCCAGCCCUCGACCUGCAAAAUUUUCUCUCUAGAAAAAGUAUGAUUCAUCCCUUAUUUGCAUAUUCAUUUUUAUGGGAUAGAACAGGAAGUUUGUUCCACAAGUCAUAGUACCGAAGACAUCACUCUCUCUCCAUUAUUUUUGAUUUAAAAUCUGCUUUAUGGUUGGCUUGCUAGACCUUUUGUGAAUUUUAAAAAGGUUUGGGCUGCAAUUUUGCAUGUGAGUUGUUUAAAAAAAAGAAAAAUCCAAUGGGAUUUAAAGUUAAUAAAUUACAAGACCCUUUUAAAAGUCCUUUCAUUAUGUAGGAAAGGAGUGUCAUGCAACUGGCACUGGAUAGGGCUUAGUAUGAAGGUAGAGCUUUUAAAAAUGCUUUUCAUAGUAAUCUCUAAAGGCUCUAACACCACACACAUAAACAUCCCAAGGUUUGAUCUGAAUACACAUGAGGCUACCAGUUUGCUGAAGCUAAGCAGGUUUUGGUCUGGCCAGUGCCUGUAUAGCUGGUUGCCUGGGAACCAAAUGCCUUGGGUGCCAUGAUAGAAGAAAAGUGGAGUAUCAGUGUAAGAAAUUAUUCAAAAAUAAGAAGAAAAAAACUUUACUCAGAAACGAAUCCCACUGAGUUAAAUGGGUAAACAUAGUAAACAUGCAUAAGAUUGCAAUCUAAUAUCUGUUCUGGCUAGUAAAGAAGGAUUUGUACAAGUCAGGUUGAUUUUGCUUUUUUCAUGAGCUCCUAAAAGCUGCACCUGAUAUGGAAUGUUUCUAUGGCUGUAACCAAGCACAGUAACUAUUCUUGUAGGGCUUGCUUGUUUGUUUGUUUGAAAAUUUGUAACUGCACUUCUGAUUUGAUUACCAAUACAACUUUUUGCUGUGCUAGAAAAAGAAUUUUUUUGUUUUCAUUUUCUUACAAUGUUCUCAUGCUGACAACAAGACUUCAAGGUGGCUGACAAUAAGUGAAAAUGUUCCUUGUUGUCAUUUCUAAUUUGUUAUUUGAUAUUGACAAGCCUUUUUUUCCCCUUUUAUUAAUUUGCAGGACAAAAUUGGGAGCCAAGCCUGCACCUGAAGCCAUGAAUACAAACAACCAGUGGGAUGUGAACAAAGCACUAACUCUUGCUAGCCUCUUCCAUUUUCUUUAUGGUGCAGGAAAUGCCUGUGCAAUUCCGUUUUUAACUCUGUACUUUCGGCAGCUUGGACUGACUGCACCAUUAGUAGGGAUUAUAAUAGGAUUAAAGCACUUAGUCACUUCUCUUUGGGCUCCACUGUGCUCCUAUUUAGCAAAAACUCACAAUAAGAGAAAAGUUCUCAUCAGCGGAUCACUGCUGUGCUCAGUUGGAGCAAGUUUGCUUCUUACUCUUGUCCCACCACCGAGCAAGGACAUUGUCUAUAGGUAUUGUAAUGUGAGCCAGCAUCCAAAUAAAUUACUGACAGCAAACCAGGUGUCUGAUGUAAAUGUGAACAGUCCAAGUGCAAUGAAUGUUAACCCUGCCUCUGAUGACAAAACACUAUCUACUGAAUCAUUUGGAAUAAUCUCUAAGGACUUGAUUACUACUGGAAAGCCAGUAGUAACAAAUGCACCAUUCAAAAUUUAUUCCACUAUUAAUAUCCCUUCUGUGAUCAACAGUGGUGUCAAUGAUGGUGAUACAAGUACCCAGCAAUUCACUGAUGUUCCGUAUGGUGUGAUAUCUGGUACUUCUGGGAAAGAAGUUUCCCCAGGAGAACAAAUGUUGGAGACACUGACUGUAAACAGGCCUGUGAAGACAACUAGUAGCCCACCUGCUGAUAUGAAUAUUGAAGAAAAAAUUGUGGAAAAUGACUCUUCAGAAAGAAAUGCUAACUUCUCAUUUUACACAGCCCCUGUACCUCUUAAAAAGACACAAUAUAUAUUCAAAAACUUGUCAGGUCGCUGGGAAAGAGCACAGGAUAUGAGUUCUUGGUUACUACAAGGUACUGACUUCUUGGACAGUGAACACCAGGCCUUUCUUAUGGUGCUAGGUGCUGUUGUUCUUUGGGAGCUCCUGGCUGCACCUCUUGGAUGGAUGGUUGAGGACAGCCUCUAUGAGUACCUUGAUUUUGUUGAUGCAGCAGACAAAUAUGGAAAUCUUUGGAUUUGGAGUUACUUAGGAGCAUCUAUGGGUGUCUGUGGUGUAGCAAUAUUUGUGGAUCAGCUGAGUUGCUUCUUGAGCACGAAUAUCCCACGUUUUGCAGUUCAUUUUUAUGGCUAUGCCAUGUUGCUAACUUUAACGUUGGCUGUCAGUGUCUUCUUUCCCAUUCAUGUGUCCAAAAAAAGUGAACAUGUAAACAAAACAGUCAAAGCUUUAAACCUGAUUGGGAGUGACGGCAGAACCAUCCUGUGUGCAGUAACCGUCUUCCUCACGGGUGCCAUUGGGUCAACUGUGCAGAAUUUUCUUUUCUGGCAAAUGCAAGACCAAGGCAGCAGUGAAUUAUACAUGGGUCUCUCAGUAGCCAUUGGACUGAUUGCCGAAAUCCUGCUCUACAUCUUCAAAAGCAAGUUACUAAGGACUCUCUCAGCUGGUGGCACAGUUGCCUUGAGUUUAAGCUGCCUUGCAGCACAGCUGCUCUACUAUUCCUUCCUAUGGAACACCUGGUCUGUGCUGCCAAUCCAGAUCUUCUGUGCCUUCAGCAACGGUGCCUUGUGGUGGGCUGUGAACAUGCUGGCAGAUGACAUUGCCACUCCUGGCACAGAAAGGUCUCUCCACCUUGUCCUACAGGGCCUCUCUUGUGGCUGUGGAGCCAGUCUGGGAAGUUUUGCAGGAGGGUUUGUUGUGAACAGCUUUGGCCUAGCAGUGCUCUAUCGGGCAUGUUCCAUUACUUUAAUACUCUGGUUAAUCUUGUUCUUGAUUGUCCAAUCCAAGUUGCCACGUCAAAAAAGAAUUAAUUACUCCCGACUCCUAGCUGCAGAUUCUAGUGAUAUGAGUGACUCUGAUGAUGAUGAUAAGGAAAGGGACUGGCUGGUGAAAGCUAUGAAAGACGAGAACUUCACUAGGAAUUGGUAAAAGUCUUGCAUUUCAUCGGUCUGUCAGGCAAAGAACAGACUUUGGAGGAAUAGGGUGAUGCUAUUAGAAAUGAUGCACAUGGAAUCUGUAAGAAGCCAUUCUACUAGCAGUGGGAUUUUAUGAUGUACAUAUUUAUAAAGAAAGCAAUUAUAAAGAUUUUAUAAAGAUUUUAUUUUCCUAAGAUUAAUUUAUUGCAAAAACUUGUAGCAUUUUAUUUGCUUUUCUAAGAUUUAAGUUUUCAUGAUUCAAGGAAAUGGGACUUUGACUAGUUUCUGCUGAAAUUAAUAGUUUUUCAGCUUCAAUAGUGACAAAAAUUGGUUAUCUUUAGAGACCCAGAUGGCCAUAUAGGAGGUUGUAAUUCAUAGCAAUUUAAUCUUUUUUUCACUACUAGUUAAUUCCUAGUAGAUAACAUGCUGUCUCUUCUUUCAAUUUUGUCCUCAAUUGGGCACAAACUGCUGUAGAAACAAAUAUGCUGAUUCUUUAUUUUUAUGGACCCAACAUCUUUUUGGAAACUAGCACUUUAAAUAAGUGGGCCUCGAUUCUGGAAUAAAAUUGUCUAGUGGCUAUGUAGAUUUUAUUGCUGGCAAAGUAUGCGGCUUACUUUGGUCAGUAUUAUUCUGAAAUAAAAUAUUCUUUCAGAAUAUCUCUCAUCUCCUGACUGGGAACUUCCAUACAGUAAAAACAUUUCUUUUUAAACAUCUCACAUCUGUGAUGUGAAUAUAAAAUCUACAUUGGUUAGAAUGCACAUGCAGUUCACAAAUCUCUUGUCUACUUUCUAUCCUGCAAUAAUAGCAUAUGUGGAAAUACUGAGUUGUACAAGUUAACUCCAGGCCCCUUAACAUUAGACCCAAUGGAUGAGGAAGCAAAGUUUCUAGGAUGUCAGGUUUUGCCCCUCUUAGGUGAUGGAUAUUAAGAAACAUUUUUUAGUACUCAUAGGGCUUUGCUUAAACACUGUGAGAAGAAUUCAGUGUCAAGCUCUUAUAAUUGUUCCAUCAGCAUAAGCAUUUCUGCUUGGCAGAUGGAACAAUCCUCCCUCUCCUAAGUCCUCCCCAGAGCCAAUGAGGGGCCGGCACAGAGGGAGAAGAGGGAGGGAAAUAGCCAUUGUGCUAGCAGGACUCAUUGCGUUGGCUCAUUCUAGCGCAACAGUUUAGUUGAAUCCAGCCCUCAGCCAUAAUCUAGUUUGACUGAUUCAGUUUACUCAGGCAAGGGAACAAGUUAACCAAUGCAGAGGGCUACAAACCCCACGUUUGCCUGAGAGAAUAUACACUUUCAGCUUCAUAUGUGUGUGUUGGAGAAGAGCUAUAUAUUUCAUAGGGGAAUCAUGAUUCAGAAGGAUGUUAGAAGCAUAAUGGGAAGUUGGAAGGUGGCCUUUCAAGUGCCACUACAGAAAAAUUGUCACACAUUUCAAGCUAUUGGAAAAUUUCCUUUCAUUUCUCCAGUGCAAACUGUGUUGCUGCUAACAAGUUGCCUUUGAGAGAGGAAGCUUGAAUAGGAUGUUUUACUGUUCUGCAGUAGCUUGUCCUCAUGCUACAGCCUUGAUCCAAAUCAUCUUUCUAUAGGUUUUAAUAGCCAUGGAGAGGGCAAUCUACAGGCAAAGGUUUUAUGCCCAAAUUUUCCCCUUCCACAGCUAAUAGCAACUUCAUGAAGCAGGAACAUUAAACUGGUGAAUCACCACACAAGCAAAGGGUGUCCCUUGCCCAGCUGCUUUUUGAAAAGAAAAAAGAUGUUGGGAGUUCAAGUCAUGAAACUCCCAUAGUCUAAAUUGUCUGAAUUUAUCAAGUUGCUUUUCAUGUGUUUUGCAUGAAUGCUAGGCAUGUUGCUCUGAAUGUUGUUGCCCUUUGGCUAAGAAAAUAGUAUUGACCACACCCUAUGUUUACAUAUUGGUAGUUAUGGGUAUGGAAAAGUGCGUGGUGUUGUAAGUAAAUACCAACUUGUAUCAAGAAUUAACAAUAUAAACUGUCCUUACAGAGAACUUUAUUUAAUAAGUAUUUGAUGUAGUUUUAAUUUUCCCUAGCAAGUUUUCACUUCAGCAGAGCCUGAUAGGCAGAACAGUAUUACGAAAAGAUGGUGCUUUGAGAAGCAAGUUUUACCAUUCAUCAGUAAGAAGAUUUGUUACUCAUUCUAGAUUGCAUAUUUAACAGCUCGCUCUGGUGCGAAUCUGUUUUUGUGACCCAGUGUCUUCUGGUAAAAUUGCUCAGUGAAAUGUUUUGUCCUAGUGCCACAAUGCCAAGCCAGUGCAAACAAGGACAUGGUUUGAGGUGGAAGCCCUGAUUGCUCUCUGCGAAAAGUUUUGCCUUUCUCAGCUGUGUCCCAGAAUGCUGCUGGUUUGCUUUGUCCAUAGAACUCAGUGGAAGCCAUUGAAAACGAAAUCUGUCCCUCUCCAUAUGGACCAAUCCUUCAUUGGCAUAACUCUAGCCCAGGUUCUCUUUCUCGGAUUGAUAAAAAUAGAACCCAGUAGCUUGGUUGUAAGUACAUGAUGACAUUUGGCAUUGCUUUGGGAGUGGGUUAAUAUAUAUGAGGAUAUUUAUGUAUAUAUAUAUAUAUAUUGUACAAAUUUUACAAAUUGAUUAAUAUUCAAGAAGUUAAUGAAUAAGAUAAGCAAAAAUAACCAUACCUAUAUCUAAUGAGCUGAAUGUUUUUUCAUAAAAGUGUCAAAUAGACGUUCUCAUAAAAUACUAUAAUUAUUCAAAUUUUCAUAAAUAUAUUCCAUAAGAAAACAUUGUUAUAUUAAUACUGCAGCUACUAAAGGAUUACAAAGAGAUCCUAUAAAUGCAAAUCUGACUGGGUCUUCUUAUAUUAUAAAAAGCCAUGUUUUCUGAAUUUCCCCAAAUAAAAAGUUUUGAUUGAUUUC